AUGGGUUGGUUAUGGUCCUCGAAUUCAAAGCCUGCCGAGACGCCGCUAUCACAAGACACUCCUCCCACGCAGACCCCCUCGCAAGCCCCUCGCGCGCAACCACCACAACCGAAGCCACAGUCCGCCGACGACGCCGAGCUCCAAAAGAUCAUGGACUUUUUCAAGGCCGACGAGGCCGCCUCCUCCUCCUCCUCCGGCGCAGCCCGACCGCACGAGCCCGCGCCCUCGCCGCUGCCCGAGUGGCUCGCCAAGAUGAUCACGCCCAAGGACAACCCGCGCUACAAGGAAGCCGACGCGCCGCGGCGCGACCCGCUGUCCGAGUCGCUGCUGCCGACCGACAUGUCGUGCCGGCAGGCCUUUGACGCCGCCUGGGGCUGCAACUCGGUCGGCGGGCAGUGGAACGCCGUGUACCGCUACGGCGAGAUGCGGUCCUGCACGGAGAAGUGGGAUGACUUUUGGUUCUGCAUGCGCCACAAGUCGUCGUCGGGCCCCGUCAAGGAGGAACUCAUCCGCACCCACUACCGCAACAAGGAGCACGCCAAAUACUACGCGCCCGGCAGGGCCAGCAGCGAGGACGUCUGGGAGGCGCGCACCCACAAGGUGGCCCCGGACACGGCGUUUACGGAGAGCAUAGACGUGCCGACCAUGGGGGACGAGGAGUGGCGCAAGAUGGAGAGCGAACGCAGACAAAAGAUUCGCGACGGGCUGGGCUUUGAGAAGUCUUGUUGA